AUGCCAUUCUCUUUGGGCCGUCCGGCCACUCACCUGGAAAAACAGUGGGCAGGAAUGGUGCAGGCCCCACAUGAAAUCCUAACCUGGGACACUGGCAUUAAUAUGGACCUGCUUCGAUAUAUAGGAGCCAAAUCUGUUCAGUACCCUAAAGACUUUGUGAUACAUAAAACCCUAAAGAAGCAUCACGUCGCAGUCCGGUUAAAACAGCUCGAGGAAGGAACGUCACUCGACUGGGCAACAGCUGAAUCUAUGGCAAUCGGUUCUCUGCUCAUGCAAGAUUACAAUGUGAGGCUCAGCGGGCAAGAUGUGGGAAGGGGCACAUUUAGUCAUCGACAUGCCAUGUUAGUAGAUCAGGAGACAAGUGAACCCUACAUACCACUCAACGAUGUAGCAGAAGAUCAGAAGGGAUAUUUUGAGGUUUGUAAUAGCAUUUUAUCCGAGGAGGCAGUGAUGGCAUUUGAUUAUGGCAUGAGCAUAGAUAAUCCAACCUGCCUCUGCAUAUGGGAGGCACAGUUUGGAGAUUUCUUCAAUGGUGCACAAAUCAUUAUUGAUACGAUGAUCUCGUCUGGGGAGACAAAGUGGCUUACGCAGAGUGGCAUGACGAUACUGCUGCCGCACGGCUACGACGGCGCGGGACCCGAACAUUCGUCCGCGCGGGUCGAGCGCUGGCUUCAGCUGACCGACAGCCACGACGACGCAGCCGACGGCGACCACGUCAACUUGCACGUUGCCAACCCGACCACGCCCGCUCAGUACUUCCACCUGCUGCGCAGACAGAUGGUAAGAAACUACAGGAAACCGCUGGUCGUCUUCUCUCCAAAGACGUUAUUGCGGUUGCCGGCGGCGACUUCAAGCAUUCUAGAGAUGGCGCCCGGUACACACUUCCAGCCUGUGCUCUCCGAUGAAGCCGCCGAUAGUGGUGCUGUCAAGAAGGUGGUGUUCUGCAGUGGCAAGCACUUCUACGCACUACAGAAACAGAGAAGUGCGAUUGCUGCCACCGAUACUGCGAUAGUCAGGGUGGAGGGAUUGUGUCCAUUUCCGAUGGAAGCUCUACAGAAAGAGGUUAAAAAGUUUCCUCAGGCGAAAAGUUACAUCUGGAGUCAGGAGGAACCACGUAAUAUGGGUGCCUGGUCAUUUGUGUCGCCAAGAUUUGAGAACUUGGUGGGAAUUAAGUUAUCCUUUGUUGGUCGUCCCACGAUGCCAGCUCCUGCCACUGGCAUAGGAAAGGUAUUUGCAAAGGAAAGUGAAGAAAUCUUAGCCAACACAUUUGCAUAGUUUUACAGUAAAACUGUAGUAACGUUCCAUUUUUAAAAGCCGGUGAGGGUAAUUAUGAUGAUGAGGAUGAUAAACUAACGUGUUGAAUUGUUGUGAACGCACAUUUUUAUGAUUUAUUGCUGUUAUCGGGUGCUUAAUAAAACAGACAGUGUGUACUAUCACACUUUUGAGAAAUGUGCUACAUGCCCCUUAAGUUAUGAAUCUAACACAUGAACUUAACUCCAUAAUUCUUCUUAUCCACAAUAUUUAGGAGGUUGUAAUAGUGUGCAUGUUUUUUAAAGCCAGUUUAGCCUCGUUUAGAUAUUUUGACCAUGUUGAUUGUGAAUUUGGUACACUUACAUGCAUUAGGAACAAACUUUACUAUACUUGCUUUACUUUACUAACUAUUAGGAUGUACUUCUAUAAUCACUAUAAGUAUUCAGUUAAAAUAUAUAUUUACAUAUAUAAAUAUAUAUGUAAGUAAUAUAUUUACUAUAAGUGAGAUGUCAUAAAAUGUCACCUUUCUGCAAAUGAAGUCAUACGUAUACAAAUUAAUAUGGUUAAUUUUAAUUGAGAUCUGUUGUGUUUGUAUAAAAUAUACAUUUUGCUACAAUUCCAUAAUGGAUUUUACUGGGAGACAUCGAUGGUGUUAACCUAUGAGGUAUAAGAUUAUAUGCUUGAUGGGAGCCAGUUGAUAUUCCUUUGUCGUGUGUUACGGUGCCAAUCAAAUGUGAUAUAAUUAAUUAACCCUGCCACUGUGCAUGUUGUGGAUGCGAUGCUAAUAGAAUUAGUAGAAGGAACGUGUGUUGAAGAGACGUGUGUGAUGCAUGAAAAAUGCAUGCUGUUUGUAGGGAGCUGUUCACAAUUAUCAACAUUAUAACAAGCAUACACGGCCCAUACACCUUUUCAUGACCCCUCCACCAAAUGACUUUAAUUGACUUUAAUUGUCACAUGGAAGAUGAGUAUUUGAAGUGUACAAACAAAAAUGUUGACUUUCCAGAUUUGGGGAAAAAGUAUGAAUUAACAUUAACUUGCAUUUGUAAAAGUUCACAACUGAUGUUGAACUGCUCCUUCCAACGAACAGUUUGUAAGCUUGUGUUGUUGAUAAAUGUGAUUGACCUUUUAGCUGCAUUUAAAUUCGCAAAUGAUUGUUCACUGUCCAUUAAUUCACUGUCACAUUUCUUAGCGGUUUGUUACAAUAUGAAUCAGUACUGCAUUGCAAAACGUUUAUAUUGAUAGUAGUAAAUGAUAACCAUAGCUAUGAAUCUCCUUGGUUCGGAAAAUCACUAGCAAGUUUAUGCAAGUCAUUUAGAGUCCAUUUAAACACUCAUAAGAUAUAUAUAUGUAGUUAUAAAUUAUACCUCAGCCUAACGAUUAGGUGUUUCUACUACAGAUUGCAUCUGUCUGGUGGGUCAAAGGUGUUUUUUGCGAUCAUAAUAAAUUAACAUACUCCAUAUAA